AUGGAGGAGGGGGAAAGGAGCCCCCUGCUGUCCCAGGAGGCUGGAGGUCAGGAACCAUCCCUCGCCGGGAGCAGCCCCCUCACUUCCAGUCGCCCAGGACCAGCUCCCUGGGAGGACCCGGCCUGGAGGGCAGGCCUUGGGGGGUUCCUGGCCUGCUUGCUCCCCUCAGAAAGCAGCUGCCUCAAGUGCCUGCUCUUCUUGUCCAACUUCCUCUUCUCCCUGCUCAGCCUGCUGGCCCUGGCCAUCGGGCUCUGGGGCCUGGCUGUCAAGGGGUCUCUGGGGAGUAGUUGGGGGUCCCCCCUGCCUGCAGACCCCAUGCUGGGACUGGUGCUGGGCGGGCUGGCGGUCAGCGCAGUGAGCCUGGCGGGCUGCCUGGGUGCCCUCUGCGAGAACGCCUUUCUGCUGCGCUGUUUCUCCGGGGGCGUCCUUGCCUUCCUGGUGCUGGAGGCUGCAGUGGGGGCGCUGGUGGUGGCCCUCUGGGGCCAGUUACAGGAUGGCCUGGAGCAUGUCCUGCGCCUGGCCAUCACCCACUACCAAGACGACCCAGACCUGUGCUUCCUCAUCGACCAAGUCCAGCUGGGGCUGCAGUGCUGCGGGGCGGCCACCUACCAGGACUGGCAGCGGAACCUGUACUUUAACUGCAGCUCCCCUGGAGUCCAGGCCUGCAGCCUUCCUGCCUCCUGCUGCAUUGACCCCUGGGAAGGUGGAGCCUCUGUCAAUGACCAGUGUGGCUUCGGGGCCCUGGGCCUGGACGAGGACGCGGCCCAGAGGGUGGUGCAUCUCGAGGGCUGUGGCCCCCCGCUCCUCCGGUGGCUGCGCAGUAACAUCCAGACUGUGGGCUGCUAUGCCAUCGCGGUCGUGCUGGUCCAAGGGCUGGAGCUCCUGCUGGCCAUUCAGCUGGUGAGGGCCCUGACUGUCCACAAGGGGGCAGCAGGGAGUAGGGGCCUGUCCAUAGGAACCCCAGACCCGGUGUCCCGCCCUCUGCCAAACUGGUCCUGGGCUGACCAGCUCGGGGGACAAAAGCCCAGAAUACAAGGAUGGGGUCUGGGGCUGCAGGCCUCCCCUCCCCUCCCGGGGCAGAUGUCAGAGUAA